AUGCAUAAUUCCUUAAUCGCUUCCCAAAGCACCACACACACAUACACGUACACGGACACGCACACGCACACGAGAGACGAAGAUCAAAGUGAGGCGGGUCCUUUCGGCACUCCUCGCUCUUUGAGUAAUGAUGGCACGACCACGUCCAGUAUUUCUAAUAAUCUUCCCAUCUUUACUUCCACGAGCCUUCCGCUCCCCGCAACAGCAGCCGCAAUCAUCUCACCAUCAUCUAAUGCUCUCCCCGAUCUCCACCCCCACCUCGUCGAAUCCCCAUACCAUGCUCUAGACACUGGCGCUGUAACCGGCAUCAUCAUCGCCGUCAUAAUCAUCUUGUUCCUCCUCCUAGCCCUCACCGACAUCUUUCUGCUUUCCUCCCGCAUACAAGUUACUUUCUCGAAGAAAAUUGCUCGGUUGCGGAGACGUGGCGAUUAUCGUCAUCAUCAUGGAUCCCUAUCACAAUCACAAUCACAAUCGAACGCUAAAAAUUCAUUCGAUAGUGAUAGUACAAUAAAUAUCAACCCUCUACCCACGAUCCCCGAUCCCGCUUAUUUUUCAAAGGAUAUCCGGCCGUCGGAAAAAAGAUUCACGUCGCGUUCGGGGUACUCGUCGAGAUACUCGAGGUCGAUGUCUUUUGAUUCGGGGGUGGGGGGGCUAGGUGUGCUGGGUGAGGAGAUGGAUGGGGAUGUGAAAAGUUUUGUUUCGAGGGUGGAAUAUGGGGCCUGGGAUGGGGAUGGGGAUGGGGACGGGGAUAGGAAUAAAAAUAAGGAUGAGGAGAAUGAGAAUGAGAAAGGGAUUAAUGCGAUGAAAUCGCAAGGGGAAAUGGGAAUGAAGGGGUAUAUAAGUGCUGGGUUAGAUCAAGGGGAUAUGAGAGCUGGGUUGAGGGUGGAAAAUGGUGGGGAUGGAGAUGGGGAUAUCGAUGAUAGAAAUGAGGAAUGGUAUUCACAGUACGCGGAGUCCAUAAACACAGAGUCAGAUGAUUCUACCGAGGAAGUGAGGGUAGAGAAUCAAGUCCCAGAUCCACCUUUGACUUCAAAUUACGGGGGAAAACAGAAAAUUUUAGAUGAAGAGAGCAGUAUUGGGAUGGGUGGGGAGAUGAAUAGAGGGGUGUUGGAGAUACAAAGAGGGGUGGGGGUAUUACAAAGAAGUAAAACGGAUACGAAUAUAAAUACCUAUAACGGUCGGAUCAAAGCGGGCAUGGGAGUUCAAAAGCGCCACACGAUGAAUUUUGUGCGGGAGGUGGAGGAGGUGCGGAGGGCGAUGGCGAGGCAGGAGGUUAUGGAGGAGAGGGAUCGGGUGAAUUUUUUGGUUUAUAGUAGGUUUUGGAAGGAGAUUCGGGUGGAGGAUUUGAAGAAGGGGAAGGGGGGAGGGUGA